UUGUUCUCCGUGACAAACAUUAUACACAAAAUAAAUCAAUAAUAAUGUAUAAGUACAUAUACCCCUUGUUCGACACCAAUAAUUUGAGCAUAUGUUUCGUACACGCCAGAUUGACAGAGAUAACUUUUUCGAAUUUUCACAGUCAUUAUGCCUGCUGUACAUAAACACAUUUGACGUGCCUGCUCGUUGCAAUACUAUAAGUAUAGUGUCGGGGAAACAACAUUAACAAUGUUUGACGGUUUGACUAACACAGAAAAAGUUGAAGCGUCGAAAACAAAAUUAUUGAAGACCAGCAUGCGUCUCCAGUUCAACGAAUUUUUUAACCACAGCACAUUACAUGGCGUUAGAUAUAUAGCACAAAGCGAUCGACCACUUCACGAACGGUUCAUGUGGUUUAGUUUUUUAUCUGUGGGGAUCGUUGUCACUUCUAUCAUUAUAAUAUCGCUCUGGGAGAAGUUUCAAACAAGUCCGACCAUCACUGGUUUAGAUACGGACUUUCACAGCUGGGACGUACAAUUUCCAGCUAUAACGGUAUGUCCUAAACGACCAACUUCCGAUGAAAAAGUAUGGGAUUACGCAACGAGUGUGUACGAUAAUAACACAGAAAAUGAGCGAGCGGAGAUAUUUUUAAAAUUUGUUAACGAAGUAGCUUCGUUCUCUUACGAUAACGUCCAAAUGUUUAAACAGUUUUCUGAAUACGAUUGGCUACCAAAGGAUAAGUUCAAAGAUUUAGCAUACCAAGUAGUAUAUCAUUGCGAGGACUUACUGUACGACUGCACGUUCAAAGGCGAACCAUACAACUGUUGUUUGGGGUUUGAGCCAGUAUUUACCGAAUAUGGAUUUUGUUACACUUUCAAUUCCAAACACGUUGUACCGGAUUGGCCGUGGAUGCCCGAAAAUUAUUCCAAGGCUGGCAUAGAAUACGUCUUCGAAACGGACAACAAGCUGACAAUCACGUUUAACAUGGACAACGUAACUAAAAACCCGUUAAAGGUAAGAAUCAUGUGCAUUGGCACGAAGAGCACAACAAAUUAAUUUAGCUACACACGA